AUGUUGUCUCCAAUCACUCUCGUAGCCUUCUCUGCAGUGGCUCUGGCCACUGUUGAGGUCCAGGACCCUUCCAAUAUCAUUCCUGCGUCUGACUGGGCCGCUGAUAACGCCCUCAUUGCUGAUUACAAUGCUCCGUUCCCAGCAAAUGGGCAGCCAACAGACUUGAUCGGCGUGCAUGACUUCAAGCACAAGUCGGUUUCAGUCGACCAUGUGACUUGGCAUGCCGACAAGAACGAUACCAGUAUCGUCCUGGUCUCCAAGAAUGCUGACUUCGCUGCGUCUUAUUCCACUUUCAUCAAAUCUGGGUACUAUUCAAACUUGAACUGGGCCAGCUUCUAUGGCUUUAAUGCUGCCAUAAACGUUGCGAAUAAUUCCGUCGCCAUCCUCGAUCAUGUUAACAUCACCGUUCACAACGGCGCUGCCAAUGUGUACUCAUACGGGACAGGCACCGUUGUCAACGUGACCAACAGCUGGCUAUAUUCCAGUGGACCUGUGAGCCAUGGCCUUUAUGCAUCUGGAAACGGCACCAUUCAUGCCAAGAACCUGCAGCACUACUCCGGGGGCCAUCGCUCUAGCGCCUUCUCGGGAGACAGCCCAGCUGGCUACAUCUACGUCGAGGAUUCUGUUUCGCACGUUCGUGGAAUUGGCUCCGCAACCUACUAUGCUCUCGGUGAGAUCCAUGCAACUAAUGUUGCCUCUGUCUCUGAACAGGGACCUGUUGUCUUCUCAGACGGGAAGCAGAAGAUCUACCUCAAGGACUGCUCGGCUCAGGCCGGUCUGCUCGGCGGCGCUGUCCUCUUCAGCAGCUCCGAGCGUCGUGCUGGUGCGGUGCUGGAUCUCGAGGAUACCACUAUCAUUACGACCGGCAAGACCAUGCCUGGCUUGUGGUUUGGCAACGUUAUUGCCAAUGCCAGACUCAAGAGCGUACAGCUGAACACUGCUUCUGGAAUUCUUGCUGUUGCCAACUUUUCUCAAAUCACCCAGGACUUCAAUUACUAUGGUGGUUAUGUCGACAACCCGUCAAUGAAGGCCGCGGAGGUCAGCCUGAAUGUUCUGGAGUCAUCGUUGUCCGGUGAUCUUAUCGCAUACAACAAGAGUUCUAUUUCCCUGUCCCUCACACAAUACAGCAAUUGGAAGGGAACUGCCCGAGUUGGGUAUAAGUCGGCCUCUUUUGGUGUCUCCCUUGACGCCAGCAGCGAGUGGACACUAACUGCUGACACGACUCUCCAGAACUUCACCAACUUGGACACCUCUAACAGCAAUAUCCAAAGUCGUGGAUACAAUAUCUACUAUAACUCUUCUGCAUCUGCAAACAAGUGGCUUAAGAGUCGAACUAUCAAGCUUCCUGGUGGUGGAAAGCUUGAGCCAAUUAAGAACAAGACAGGCUAUUAA